GAUAUUUUUAACUUGUAUGUGAAUAAAAGGCGACUUAAAUUUACUUUUAUUUAAUUGCAAGUUGAACAUUUUCAUGCUUGUACUGGGCCACAGGGUUUGCAUGUACAGUUAGAACAGCUUCCACACAGGCAUAGGGAAGGAUUACUAUAGAAUGUUGGCGAACUAUCGCUGUGGAGGGGGAAAACACGUAGAGCUGAGUCUGCGCGACGCAGGGGAUCACUGCCUACGAAGUUUAUCGGGCAAGACUACACCGACAAAUCCUAGGACGCAUUCGGCCGCACUGUAGCCAUAUAAUUCAUCAAGUCAUCUGAUGGAUGAAGUCUAGAACUCUGUUUGAUUUGGUUGAUUAGUUUUGAAGAGAAGAGGAAGAAGGAUGUCGGAGUUCAUGCCAUACCCUUACAGAGGGCCGGGAGGUGCUUUGAUGCGCUUCAAGAAAAGAAAGUCACGUUUCACGUUUCAGGAGGUUGAACUGCUGCUCAGUGAGGUACAGAAAAGGCGCCAUAUUCUAGUUGGAAAGUUCAACCGGGGCAUUUCGAAGGAUCUGAAAAACCGCACAUGGGCGGAUGUGACCGCACUUAUCAAUGAGGUCAGUGAGUGUCAUCGAGAAAUUAUUGAAGUCAUUAAGAAAUGGGCAGACCUCAAAUGCGACACCAAGCGGAGGGUGGCCGCCAUGAGGGCAUCGGGAGCCACGGCCGCCCAGAUCGCACAAGAGCUGUCGCCUAUAGAAACUAUGGUGCACCAGAUCCUUCAGAUGUCUAACCCUAACAUAAAUGUGAGCAGUUUGGCAAAUGAUGACCAAAUGGAUGACGAAGACGAGGACAUUCCAUGUCUCUCUGAGAUACCACACAGCUUCUCACACAUGACAAAUGGCAGGCCUCAUUCGUUUGGUUUGCCAAUGCCUCCUCUCUUCCACACUAGUAUCCCAGGCAAAAGUGAUACCGAGCUUCCUGCACACAUGAUGUUCAGCGAUUCAUCAGUGCCUCUAAUAGAUGUCCAGACUGACACUUCAGAAAAGGAAGUCAGUAACAUGCAGUUUAUUGAACAGAGAAGCAAACCAAACCAGAAUCCUAUUGGUUUUACUGGAUUCCUCAGUCAUCCUAUUGCUGAGAAGAGCCAUGUUCGAGAAAAACCUAAUCACAACACAACAUUUAAUGGCCCCUCAUCUGCCAGUAUCCCAACAUUUGUUGCACCUUCUGCAGUGGCCGCCUCAUCAUCACGUUCCACUCCUGCUCGGCUCCCUCCCCAACCUGCUCCUGUGGAGCCUCGCAGUCUGCAGGAACGUUUAUCCCAGAGUGCCUCGCUCAGCCUGCAGGAACAGCAGGCCACCACACUGCUGAUAGGGUCACUGUCUCGCUCACUGGAGUCACUUGCUGAGUCGGUGCAGAAAUUGGUCCACACCCAGCAGCAGUUUUCAUGCGACACCUUACAGCUGCAGCGUGACACACUCCACGUCCUGCGUGAUUUCUCCUCCAACGCCUUGACUCUCCUGCAGGACAAGGUCAACGGACAUCCAUAGCUCUAUCAACAGCUACAUUUGGAAGCAAGUUACAGAAACGGUGAUUACGGAUAGCAAAGAAAAUACAAUAAGCUUGAGGAUAUAGUGACACUAGAGUUUAUGGCAAUCUCUGAAAAUGUUUUAAGAUUUAUAGAGCUGACAGGACUAAAAGUUUUCCCUAUUUAUAAUAUAAUAACCAAAAUAAGAAGCAUUAGAAUAUAAAAUGGGUUCCUUGUAGAGUUCCUUGUAUGUACCGAUGACUGGGUCUUAUAAACUGUUGGACCAAUUAUGUGCUGUUUUACAGGUAAUUUAAAUGAGCAAAAUAAUUGACUGGUAAUUUAAUA